AUGGGCUGCAAGAUGUCCUCGUUGCGCACUGCGCACGGGGGGUGUCACGGGCGGGCGGACCCCAACGUCCCCCCCGCCACGGCCUCCCCACGCAGCUCCCGACGAGACCCUUUUAGGACCCCGGCGAGCCCGUCUGUGCGGCUCACCUCGUCCUCCCCCCUCACCACCCCCCUCUCCAUCCUCUCCUCCAAGAAGAGCGGCAAAGCCGUGGGGCCGUCCUUGCCCUUCCCCGACGGCGACGGCGUGGAUUUCCCUUCCUCCCCUCCCCCUGAGCCGAUGGAGAAGUGGGUGCCGCUCAAAACGGACGCCGCGCAGGCCGCCCAGGAGUAUCAAACGCGCAUCCAGGCAAAAGAAGAGGCGAAGCUCGCCAAGGCGGCGCGGCUGCAGAUGGAAAUUAUCGACCCGAUCCGGCCGCUGGAUAGCUUUAACGUCUCCCACCGGGCGAUUUUGGGGCGGUGUUGGGAUCGCCGCGCGGCGGAGCGGUUUCCCAUCCACUUCGUCCAUUCCCUCCUCGAGGCCGCGAAGGGCACCACGGCCGCCACCCCAUCCCGCCGGCCUGGCAACUCCGCCACCCUGAGUCGGGGGCGGAAGAGUCGUCACAAACGGGGAAAAAAUGCGAUGCCCAAAACAAACCUGUCUCGGCGCUCCCAUUGGUUUUCCACGUGCGGCAUCAGCACGGAGUGCCCGACGUCGGCGUUUCUUCGUGCGGCCGCCCCCUCAAGCGGGACCUUCGGCACCCAUUCCCUGAGACUCCUUAAUCGCGUCGACAUGCUGAACCUGGAUACCCACGUGCUGGAGACGGAUUCGAAGGUUCGCGUGUUCAAUGAACUGAAGAAUUGCGUGGCGCAUCUGUUAGCAACCAACACGCUAACCGAUAUCGAUCUGGUGCUGUUUUUCCACACCCCUAGCGAGGUUGCCAAACUGCCCAACGAUAUCCGUGAGAAAUUCUUCCAUCUCAUCACUGGUUUUAUGCCGUACUACAGAGGCAUCAAGAACACCUCUGCAUUUCGGCUGAGCGAAAUGGUCGAUGAGACCGAUAAGAGUACGUUAUUCCUUCGAAAGCGCAACCUCAAACCCGCCUACGGGGUGCAGGUGGCGCGGUGGAAUCGCGUGGAGGUGGUGAUCCCGAAUCUCAACACGCUGGCUCACGCCGUCGCGCUCAUUCAAGACGAGGACUGGAUUUCAUUGAUAUCCGAUCGAUCGCUUAAUGAAUUGCAACCGGGCGGCAGGCAUGACAACCAGGGCCGUAAACGAUCCAUCGACCCGACAUCUCUCGGGAAACACUUCAUCACGGAGAAGAUCAAUGGUAGCUUUACGACGCCGGGAUCUCACGAGCACAAGGUGUUCUACGAAAGCAGCAGGACCCUGCGAGCGUCGAGUAGGCACCCCACCAUCACCAAAGCCUACCAAGGCGGCGUGAACGAAGCGCCCAAGCGGUUCCCGGAAGAAUUCAUCUUGUCGCUCAUGAUUGAAACCCUUGAAGAGAGCUAUCAUAAUAUAAAGCAUCUCAUCCCCUCAUGCGCCGCCGCCCCCCCGACAGGGAAUGAGAACAAAAAGAGGCAGGGCGAUAUUGGGGAGGUCUUCCCGGUGCUCCCAGGGCCACUCCCCCAGGCCCCUACGGAGAAGACUAAAAAGGCGAAUACCUUGGCCAACAACACUAGUGAUGACGUUGAUAAAAAGGCUUUUGACGAGGGACCCACCUCAUCACAAAAACGCUUCAUCUCGGUCGUGGUUGCAAGCUUUCAGGUCUUUAUCGACCCCUUUGAGUGGAAAGAGCGACAUUAUACUCGCUAUCCGAUCGACUUUAGCAUCAACCAGCACUCUGCGCGGAGUGAAUAUGGUGAGGGGAUCAUCACCGACAUUAUGUACGGUGGCAUGUUGUUUAUUGAGUGCUGCCCACCGGAGGCAGCUGACGAACUAAAGCGCGUACUGCAAGACAUGGAUUGGAGCAAAGCUCGUACCGCCGAGGGAAUCCUCAACAAUGUGAGGAACCUCUUCACGGCGCGGCAUACCAUAUCCAAAGGAUACGGUCACAUCCCACAUCGAAACAAAGACGUGGCCGCUGAAAAAGAUGCCAGGGGUCUUGAAAAUAAACGCCAUACCACGGCACAUUUUCGAUACCGCAUUACACGGCGUAUCGGAGGGAUCCCGAUGCGCGACUCCGUUGAGAUCAAGCAGAUCUCCGUCUUCUUCGGUGGUGGCGAGGUGCUUGAACACACGAUAUCCACCCCCACCCUAGCGAAAGGGGGGGGAGGAGGAGGGGGGGGAGGCCUUGCGGCUGAGGCGAGCGUCGACGGUGCUGCCGCCGCCGAUCCGCGCCCGGACCCCCACAAGCGCUCCGACGCCUACUCGUUGAUUGCCUCGGCGUGGAUGGGUAUGGAGACGAUAUCCGCCGUCAUCCAAACGUGGGGCAUGCAUCUCCUCUGCAACCCGGAAUACGCCCACCCGCUGUCGUUAUUCCUGCAGAAGUUUUCCGGUAUCGCGCCGGCAUUGUUGCAGAAGAUUCUUCCCAUUGAUCUCAAAAUGCACGAUGGAAUAAGCGCGGGGAGCAGCACGUCGUCCGUCUCCGAGGACAGCCGCACCCCUCUCUCCGACAAGGCGGAGGGAACGGAUGCGAGCACCGUGGAUGCGUACUCCCGGCCAACCUCCAUCACGGCGGGUUACAGCAAUCAUCACACGCUACGGUCGGAAUUUUUUAAGUCGAGCCUCUGCAAUACCCCCUUGGCGGACACCAUGAAGGGGUUAAGUCUGAAUGAAUCGAUGGUGUCGGUACGGGUGGAAAGAGAGGGGGGGGGGUCCCGGAAGGCCAGCCCCCUCCUGACCGCCACCCCAUCCCCGAAUGCCUCCCGGAGUAGGGCUAGGGCCGGAAAGAACCGCGGCCGCGACCCCCGCGUGGACAAAAAAUCCCGCAACGCGAAAUCCCCCCCUGGGGGCGCGACGGUGGCCCCUCGCCAGCCCCCUUCCAAAGCCAAGAGGAAACGCCAAAAGACUAAAGAAAAGGGCAACCCCCGUGGUCGGAUUUCCCCCGUCCGGCGAGCGAUCCCGAAGCGAGGGGCGGCGAUGGCGACGAAGGGCGGGGGGGGAAUAAAGGGGAGGUCGCGCCGUCGGCUCGGUCGCUAUCCUUCCGAAGCGACCAUCAACAGCACGAAUCGAUGGCGGCUGAGCCCCAUGGGCACUCUGGGCGCGCGAUCCAGCCUGAGCGGCUCCUCGAGCACGCUGCAGACGUUGAUCACCCGCUGCGGCACCCUUGAUGGCCCUUUGGGCGUUUUAGGCGAGCUCGAUCUGGAGGAGCGGUGGAAUAUGGCCACAUUGGAGCUGAAGGCGCAGAAAAACGACCUCGCCGAUCUUCUGAGCUCCGUCAGGGCCGCCGAGGCAGCGCACAGCGCGCUGCUCGCCGAUCUCAGCGUACUCCAACGCGCCAUUCUCCCGCGCACGACGGGGGAGGAUUUGGAUCCGGCCCUGCUUUAUCUUGAAACGGCGAUCUUCGAGCCCGACGAGCUGCCGGGGUGGUGUUUGUGUUUGAACAACGCGGACUGGCUGCCGCGGCUCGUCGCCGUGCUCACCUCGGCCGAGAACGUGAUCCGGCACGUCCAGGUCGUCACCCCGUUGACGCCGAAGGAUUUCCCGAAGCUCGGGAUGCUCGCCGGGCUCCUCUACUACCCAUCCGCCUCGGCCUCCCUCUGGUGCCUCGAGUUCGACGCGACGAAUCUCUUCGGCAAUGAAGCCGCGGCCGCGGCCGCGGCGAUCGAACGGAGCCGCCGCGAGGCCGCCUCCGGGGGUCAUUCGGACGGGGACUCGAAGAACGCCCCGGAUCACCGCUCCCCCUCUCCUUCCCGAUCGCGCAAAGGGACUUAUGGGGGGGGGAAUAGCCUGGACGGCGCGAUACCAUCCCCCCCUCUCCCGAGCGGGUUCUCCCGGAAUGGGGAUCUCUUCCAGACCACCGACUGCGGCUUCGCGACGGAGAACAACCACGGGUUUGGCGCCAACUGCCCUCUCUUCUACGUCAGCCCCGAGCAGGCGCUCGAUACGCUGUGGCUGCUGCUCUGCGCGAUCGCGGAGAAUUUGGCGUUCUCGCCCUCGCCGGCGGCGUCGUGGAGCGGGCUGAAGUUCGCGUCGGAUCGCGUGUUUCGGAUUUACUUUCACCGCGCAGGCAGGCCGGAGGUCACCGCGCAGCCCGUCAUCAGCCCUGAAGAGGACUCCCGCCAUCGACAUCAGUCGAUUUUCAAGCAGAUGUCGGCGUUUUUGACGCGUACGAAGGGUUCCCCGUCACGCAAGCAGAAGAACAAACACGGGCGUGAUGGCGAGGCCCUCCACGACUCCGACGACAGCGGGCCUUUUCAUCUCUCUCAAGAGUCGCUGCUCCUGGAGCCCUUCGUGAGCACCUCGGUGACGCCGGAGCCGGGUUCGUCCCCCCCUGCCGCCACCCACCCAAAUGGUGGCAAGGAAAUCCACGACGGGGGAAAGGACCGACCGGAGGACGCCCGUUCCGGAUUUCCGCGAGAGCCCGGCUCGCCGUUCCUCCGCACCGCCUCCUCGCUGGCGGCGACGAGCCAAAGCGGGAGCUUCAGCUGUAUGUUUCUCCACGUCGACGGGGGGGAGGGCAGCGACGCCUCGGGGAAUCGACGGGGUGGGGGAAAGGAGGAGCCGCGGUGGCGCGAUUCCAUCCCGGGCGGCAUCCCCAUCCACCGGCACUUCCCUAAACGCCCUUCUUGGGUGCACGGGAACGCCCGGGUGCUCGAGCUCCCGUUCUUCACGCUGCCCUACCACGACGAGAGCUUGGCGAUGGCAUCGCCGACGACCCCUUCCCCCUUAGGGACCUCCUCCUCGACGCUCGAUCUCGCCACCCGCCCUAUCGAGGUCGCCCGAUCUGCCGUCGGGCACUACGUGAAUCCUUAUAAUAGCCACCACAACUGCUCCCGAUUUUACCUCACCGUUCAGCGGCGUCUGCAGCUGCAGCGACUUCUCCAAAGGGCGCGGGAGCGCUGUGCGUGUAGGCGGGAAGGGGGGGCGGUGUCGAUCGAGGCCGCCGAUACGAGCGCGCCGGGGAAUGGCGAAGGCCACGUGCGAUUCUUCGGGCUCUCGGACGCGAAGGAGGAAGAGGCGGUGCUCCAGGAGCAAGAGGUGCGAUUGGCGGGGCAGGCUGAGGAUAUAUGGCAUACGCUUACCAAGAUUGUGAACUCCUAUAACCACCACUUGCUCAACACCCAGGGUCCAAAGCUAAUGCAUUCAAAUCAUCCGUCAUUUAGGGAGAAGGAACACCUGUGCGAGGAGUCUUUGAACAUAGGGAGCCCAGGGAAUGAUUUACAGAUGGCCCCACGUAUGAUCAUCCUCGAACGUUGA